UUUUAUUGAAAACAAUCACAGUAAGGUACUUAAUUGUUAGCUAGAAARGAUUUGAUAUUGAGAUAAAAACGGCUGCUUUGGUAGUUUAAAAUGUCCCACAACCUUUGCUUAAACAGGUGUAACCGUUUUUUUAUUUGUCUGGUCAAACUGUCCAAACAUUGCCUCCAGAUAACAUAUGUUUGAUUAUAAUUAUCACAUGAAUAUUGCAUUAUGGUCACAUUAUUAAAUUGCAAAAGUAAAGUAAACGAGUUCAUUCUCAUUCGUUGAAAGUGGAGAACAGAGUAGCCAUUCACGUCAACCUGAAGUUUCCAGCCAAGUAUUUGCAUAAUUUACCGCGCAUCCAUCCUGUCAUGGCUAGAAGGAUCCAGUUUUUGUCAAAAUAACGUCAGAUUUGACUUUUCGUAGCAGGUUAGUAGAAGGUUGAGAAAAGGGUUACUUAGGGUUAGUUUAAAUCCCCCCGCCCCCAAAAAAUCUACCUUUGACGUUAAUUUGACAAAAACUGGAUCCCUUCUAUACCAUCCAUCCACCUGGUUCCCAUCGUUACCGGUAAGAAGGUAAACAAAAGGAAGAGGGAUCAUGGCGGCACUGGAUGCAGGUAAAAUUAUUAACGUCCACCCAUUGCGUUUUUAUCUAUUAGCGUCAAUUAAAAAUGUCCAAUCUUAUCUUUGAAUUUAUAGCUCCCCUGCGGUGCGUUGCCUUUGGCAGCUGCCAGGAACGGAAGUUGUUUCCGACCCACUGUGCACCUAACCGGCUGGGCAAUAAGCUGUCACUUGAGGGAGCCCCACACCGUGGCCCCGGCUGCUAUGACAAUCAUUCAUUGUUCCAACAGGUUGGUACCAUUCUGUAUGAUGUACAGAAGAGACCUGAGAGUAAGAAAGGAUACACUCUUGCUGCAAGGACAUCUGCACGGUUUCUGCCCUGUGCUCAGACAAUCACUCCUUCCCCUCAGAGGUAUCAGCAGGACAGAACCUGGUCUAAAGUAUACCCUCCUGGCAGAAUCCCCUUCAGCUCCACCACAAAGAGGUUCAGGACCAAGCCUGUUACAGCUGACUUCAAACCAGGCCCAGGGACAUAUGCUCAUGAUACUACUCUGAACCGGAAGGUGUCAUGGCCUAUGAAAUUUGGUUCCCCAGACUGGGGUAGACUGCCCACAUUAGAGAGGAAAGCCUUGAGGACAGAGCUGCUUUGUGACAAGGAGUUUGUGAAGCAAAGGAGUCGGGUGGCAUAUCUACAGUUGUUCUACUCCUGACUCUUCUGGAGGUAAUUCUGAUGUAAGCAUAAAUAAAGUGAUUGUAUUUCUCAGCUUUAAUAUAGCCUCACAAUUGACCAAUAUCUCAAGGUAUACGAAGUGGGGAGUGAAGUUGCCCAAUUCUUGCCUCAUGUACGCUGAACAAAAAUCUAAAUGUAACAUGCAUCAAUUUCAAAGAUUUUACUGAGUUACACUUCAUAUAAGGAAAUAG